UCCGCCGCCGCCGCCAGAUGGCAGCAGGCGCCUCCUCCCUCGGCCGAGCGUGGCGACCAAGAAGCGGUCCGGCCUUUCCGCCCUUUCCUCGCCCCUGUGCCCUCUUCGCGAGCCCGGUGGACGUCGUGGGGGAGUUGUUGGGGAGGCUUGAGCAAGAUGAGUAGUUCAGAAGAGGUGUCGUGGAUUGCUUGGUUCUGUGGCCUUCGAGGAAAUGAAUUUUUCUGUGAGGUAGAUGAAGAUUACAUACAGGACAAGUUUAACCUCACAGGUCUAAAUGAACAGGUACCACACUAUCGUCAGGCACUCGACAUGAUUUUAGAUCUUGAACCAGAUGAGGAGGAAGAGAUCCCCCACCAGAGUGACCUAAUAGAACAGGCGGCAGAAAUGCUGUAUGGCCUCAUCCACGCUCGCUACAUUUUAACCAAUCGCGGAAUAGCUCAAAUGAUAGAGAAGUAUCAAGCUGGAGAUUUUGGUCAUUGUCCACGAGUCUAUUGUGAAAAUCAGGCAGACAGUCUUCAAGUUUUGUUUUCUGCCCCCCAGCCAAUGCUGCCCAUUGGUCUAAGUGAUGUCCCAGGAGAGGCCAUGGUGAAGCUGUACUGUCCAAAAUGCUGUGACGUCUACACCCCAAAGUCCUCUCGCCACCACCACAUAGAUGGCGCUUACUUCGGUACUGGCUUCCCUCACAUGCUCUUCAUGGUCCAUCCAGAAUACCGGCCCAAGCGGCCCACCAACCAAUUCGUACCAAGGCUUUAUGGCUUCAAGAUUCACCCAAUGGCAUACCAAAUUCAGCAGCAGUCAGCUGCUAGCUUCAAGGCUCCCAUGCGUGCAGUCAACUAUAAUAAUGGAAAGCGUUAGGAUUAGUUACAAACUGUUUCAUAUAUUUUUUUUAUUCUAUUGAUGUAAUUCAUGUGAUUAUGAUUAGGCUCAUUAAUUGCAAUAUUCCUUAAUUUUGAAAAGAAUUAAAACUUUUUUUUAUUUAUAUUUUUUUCUCCUUCCUGUCUCCUGUGGCUUAGUUUUUACAUACUCCAGUUAUAAUCAUCAGACUUGUGUCAAAGAAGUGAGAAAAAGGUGUUAGUGAGCUGCAAACAGAUGGUGCAAAAAAAAAAAAAGAGAAGAAAAAAAAUUAAAAGAUACCUAAAACAAACAAAAAAAAGUGCCAACUGUGACAUCUCUCUGACGUAGGCUUGAUUUGCAGUAAGCCAGUCCGGCAGUUUGGAUUAAGUUGUGUCCAUGUCCUGCUCGUGCUCAUUCAUCCAGGGCUUUUGAGAGGUCCCUGCAUGGCAAGUUGACUGCACACAUUCCGGAAGAACCCACUCAUACCUCACUGCUUGUUUACCUCUGGAGCCAUGGAGUGAUCUCUCCCUGCAGAAAAGCUAGUUAGAUUGAAGGAAAUCACUUUGUGAAUACCUUUUUUUUUUUUUGGUUAGUGUGUAAAUGGUACUCCGAGAUACCAGAGAAAGUUUUGUUUUGAAUCUUUGGAAAAAUCUUAUAUAAUAAAAUGUAAAUAUAUACCACACCUCCA